AUACAUAUACAUAUGUAUAUUUAAGUAAAUAUAUAUAUACUUCAAUUUUUAUUUUGAAUGUUUACUUUAGAAAUUAACAAUUUUGUGAAUCUCGGUUUCAGACAAGUCAACAAAUACCAGAACAAAAGACAGUCUUAACUAUCACUUGCAAAGCCCAAUCAAGUUAAAAAUAUUCCAGGCCAUAGUCUUAACUCAGGGCAUAAAAUAAUAAACUGUAUUUUCCAACAUAGAUAAAACUUCAAAACUAAAUUAUAAGUAUGUGCCUAAAACAUAAUAUUAAAAGGAGAAAAAAAAGCUUUUUGUGAGCACCCAAAUAAUUCCUCCUCUGUACACAGAGACACAAAAGCACUUUUAGCUUUCAGGUUUCAACAAAUCCUGUUGUAACAACAACUCCCUCCCUUCCCCGCCUCUUCUUUCUUAAUUCUCCCACAUCUCAAAAAAUGAGAUGGAGAACCUGGUAUUUAUCUUCCAGCACCAUCAGCAGUUUUCACCUCUCAGAUUUCUCAGUUGCUACUUACUUGUUUUAUUUGCUCUAGGUUAACGUGAAGCGUUAGAAAAAGUACCAGGAUCACUGAAAUGAACCCCACGUAGGUGGUUUCUCUUCAUCGUACCUAACUGAGGGUUCUCGUGGGACAACUGACGCAGGGAGGAAAGACGGGGACGGCUUCCGACAACAGGAAGCGCCGUAACUCCAACUGAGGGCCAUCGUAACUAGGCAGCGGGACUUCCUAGGAGGACAGAGAUAAGGCACCCUCAUGGCCUCAGCGGGACUCCAGCUCCUUGCUUUCAUCAUGGCCUUAUGUGGGGCCUCUGGAGUGCUCACGGCCACUCUGCUGCCCAACUGGAAGGUGAACAUGGCUGUGGGCUCCAACAUCCUCACAGCCAUAGUACAGCUGCACGGGCUGUGGAUGGACUGCACCUGGUACAGCACCGGGAUGUUCAGCUGCACCCUGAAACACGCCCUUCUGUCCCUCCCCACACACCUGCAGGCUGCGAGGGCCACCAUGGUCCUGGCGUGUGUCCUGUCUGCCCUGGGGAUCUGCACUUCCACGGUGGGAAUGAAAUGUACUCGUUUAGGAGGGGACACACACACCAAGAGUCAGGCUUGCUUUGCUGGGGGAGCCUGCUUCAUGUCGGCCGGGGUCUCUGGCGUAAUACCCACAGGGUGGUACACGAAGGAGAUCGUUGCAGACUUCCUGGAUCAGACAGUUCCAGAAAGCAGCAAACACGAACUGGGGGGAGCUAUCUACAUAGGAUUCAUCUCUGCCAUGCUGCUGUUUAUAUCCGGCAUAAUUUUCUGCACGUCCUGUAUGAAGAAGAAUCCAGAAACUUGGCACAACCCACCCAAGAGCCAGCACAUCUCAACCUCCUGCUUAGAGAACGCUUCGGCAUACAACCUGAGGGACUAUGUGUAAGCAACUGUGUGGUGUGAUGAGCACGGAGUGAGGUUUUCAGGUGCCUGCUGGGACUUUUAUUUUAGACUAAAAAAAGAUGAAAAAAUCAGAAUUAUGCUUAACAAAGAGUGUAAAAUAUUUGAAAAACUACAAAGUAGUUUAAAAUGCCAACAAAACAAUUAUGUCUUUUUCCAUUGUUUUCAUAUUUUCUUUAGAGGACAAAAUUGAAAGAGCUGCUAAUUACAAUGAGGCAAUUAACUGAUUGCUUUUUUCCCCUUUUCAGAUAACAUGUUGAUCACCUUCAGAAAUGAACUUUUUUUUUCCCAAUGGUUUUACCAUAGGGCGUGUGUGCUCACCAGAGAGAGA